AAUACUUUCUAUAUGACAGAAAAGUAAAAGGGUAAUGACAUUUUACUAGCUUUCUUAGUGGGUUCUAGGAAAGAAACACAGCUAAGCAGAUAAGCUCUGAGGCGUUUUCCAAGUUUAGAGGAUGAAAUUAAGCACAUAUAGUUAGUUGUAGAAAAAGUUCAGCCAAUAGCGAUGUCUUGGAGAGAACCAUGGCUAAAAAAAAAAGAAAAAAGAAAAGACAUGGCCAAAUGUACCGGACCGUCAAGUUGUUGACAGCAAUAGCUCAGAAGAUGCUAGGCCAGAUGCAGCUAUUGUGAAGAGAAAAAUAUAGAGAGAGAAUGUAAAGUUACAAACUGAAAUAACAAUUAAAACAAAAUUGGAGAGUAGUAGGAGAAUGUUGCAGAGUGAGGGAAGGUGGUCUUAAUGUCCUCCAGCAGCCUAAACCUACAGCAGCUACAAGAUGGGUCGCUCUGACUACAAGCUUUUUAUAAAUUAUUGCUCUAGUGAGAAAUGAACAUCAAACUUAAUAUAGAAUAUUCACACCAACGGCUUGCCAUAGUCUUCCGUCCUCAGUUCUUCAGCCAGAGAGGGGGGUGGGGGGUACCGCCGCACUUUGGCUUCACGGCUCUGACAUAGCGUCACCGGUGAAACAAGAAGACGCACUCUCGGGCCGAGUCCCAUCCGCACCCACAAAGGAGAGAAGAUGUCCGAGCCCAACAAGUACCGGGAGUGGAUCCUGGAAACUAUCGACUCUCUCCGUUCGAGGAAAGCCCGUCCGGAUCUGGAAAGGAUUUGUCGAAUGGUCCGGAGGCGACACGGCUCGGACCCAGACCGAACCAGGACGGAGCUGGAAAAACUCAUCCAGGAGCAGACGGUGCUCAAAGUUAGCUACAAGGGAUCCAUAUCGUACCGGAACGCGGCCAAGGUGCAGAGGAAAAGCAGAAAAAGGAGCGAGUUCGGCGGCGGCGCGGAUGCGCCGAGGGAGCGGACCAAACCCGAUCAUCCGAACAACAACGGCGACAGCGCGCACAGCUUCACCGACCCGGAGGAAGGCGAGGAGGAGCCGGACCCCCACGCCGAAACAUCAGCCAGCAGCCGAAACAAAAAGCUCCAGCCUGCCUCCAGCCCGGGUAGCGGAAACGGGCGCCUCGGCUGUGGCGCAACAACGAGCUGCGCUGUCGGGAGCGGCUGCGAAGAGGAGAAAGCAAGUGCACCGAGAGACAAGGGAUUAGGGCAGCAGGGAGCGGGGAACUGCCCGCCGCCCGGAGCCGCCAGCCUCGGAGCAGGAGCCGGAGCCCCGAGUGAGGAUGUUCCACCUGGCGGAGGAAAGAAGCUUGGUGUGUCCGGAGCUGACACCUGGAGGCAAACUCACCCCGAGAGCGACAGCCAAGCCCAGACACGGCGGCAGACCGAGUCUAGCCAGCCCAAACUUCGACACUCGGGAGGGAGCACCAAAACAGCGCACCGCCACGCCAACUCCGAGCUGCGCGACAAACUGGCGGCGCUGUCCGAGAAAACCCACCGAGGAGGGGUCUCUGCGGCCGCGUCCCGAGGCCACGUGAGGCCGCUGGGCUUGAAGGAGAUCCUGGGCUACCUGAGCAGCCAGGAGCGGCUGUCGGAGGAGAAACUGACCCGAGGCAAAGUCAAAGUGGUGAUGGAGAGAGAGGUGGAGAGGGGCAGGCUGCGCAGGACGCGCUGCGGGAACAUCACUCUUCCUCUGCGGGGGGUGGAGCUGGAGGAGCCCGAGCCGAGGAAUGCGUCCGCUGACAGACUUGCGAGAAGCGCACUGCAGGACAAGCGCGCAGUGAAAAAGUCCCCGCCUCCAGGCCGCCCGGAGAGCGAGCCCAUGGAAACCGCCGGAGAGGAAGCGGAGGAACCGGGAGGAGAGGAGGAGGAGGAGGAGGAGAAAGAGGAUGAGGAUGAGGAAGAUGAUCGCAGGAGUUGCGAUGAGGGCGCAGGACUUUCCCCGGUAGCCAUGACGACCGAAGCUGGACCUCCUGAGGAAAACGGAGAAGAUGCGGGUUUUCAGACAGGGCCGGAGGAGGAGAGCCCCCAGCAGCAGAGGCAGGAUGGAAAAGCCGCUUGCGCCCCAGAGAUGUCUGGGCUUGAGGGUCCCCCGGAGUCCCAUUCACCCCCUACCGACGGAGCCUCCUGGUCUGAGUGUAACGGCGUGUCCUUGGAGGACGGAGCUUUUGCCUCGGAUCAUUUGAGCUACGCACAGCAGGAUGAGACACACCUCGCCGCCCGCAGCUUGCGCGAGUACAAAACAGAGGUUGGCGCUUCGUCCUGCAUGCUCACACCCACCGCCUCCCCGAGGGACUCCAGCCUCCCUGAAGAACGAGGUAUUAACGACAGCAGUGGAGGGCAAAUGAAGGUUGACGGCACCGGAGUGAGCCCAGUGGACUGGACCGUGUCGGAUGUGGUCAGUUAUUUCACAGAGGCGGGUUUCCCUGAGCAGGCAGCUGCCUUCAGGACCCAGGAAAUCGAUGGAAAGUCUCUCCUCCUCAUGCAACGCAACGACGUCUUGACCGGCCUGUCGAUCAAACUCGGACCCGCCCUCAAGAUCUACGAGCGUCACAUAAAGGUUCUGCAGAAAACGCACUUUGAGGACGAUGACUGCUAACAGCGUGCAGAAAACACACACCCGGACUGUUCAGUUCCUUUCUAAAUAUAGCUCAAGUAGUAUAAAAAUGCAUGCGUGACAUAAGGCAAAAUAGGUUUUUCAUCUCUUGAGAAAUCCAACAAGCAACCACAUCUCAGUUUGGAGCCUGCUUUGCUCCGUGUGGAAACGUGGCUGGAUUUUCUAGGAGGAUUUUUCUACUGAUCGAAGCACAAAUGUUGGCCAAAAAAAGUAGAAUUUUAGAACAUUUUCAUAUGCAUAUAGAGUCAAUACAAAAAUGUAAUUUCUGUUAUUUAAAACAAUGAAGCACUUUCCUUUUUUUUAUGAAUUAAUCUGUUUAAGAUAGUUUGUGUUUUUAGGCUGUAUCUUACGCACAUUGUGUCGGAGCUCAUGUUUUGGCUAAAUAUUGAGCCCGUGGUAUGAGAACCUCAUGCUUGUAGGUGUUGUUCAUGCAGAGGAAGCAUAGUGGACAAAACAGCAGUUAAAAAAAAAAAAGCAGAUUAGUUACAAACUUUGAAGCUGGAGUAGCGUUCAUCACAUUCAGUGCCGGUUUUCACACAUAAGCAGGUGAUCUAAGCAGUAAACCAGUGUUUUCUCUCAGUUUUUCAGAGAUUAUCAUUUGAGAGUUGAUGUUUGUUUUUUGUUUUUUUAACUGGAGCCUGAAGCAUCACCUGGACAGCUAGCAAUAGAAGGUCUGUAUUAUUUUCAAGCAGAAUUCCCUCCAGUCGGAUUGGACCUUUUAAAUGAUGAUGCCAGGAACCGUUUUCACAAAUUUACUCUUUAGCUUAAGGCUUUGAUAAACUCUCAAACUCACGAUUGGGAUCUAAAUUAAGUUUCUUUGCAAAUAAAAUCCUGCUUUAAAGUU